GUUCCUCGAUUCGCAAUUGAGAUCGCAAAAAUAACUUGACCGCUGCACAACAGACGCUGAUAGUGAGAUUGAAUAUCUACUCUGCACUUGUUUGACUAGCGUGAACGUCUUAUCUGACUUGUUCCUGGGUGUACAUACAUGUAGAACAAUAUUACCUCUCCACGCCGCCUGUGACAUUCCCAAUUCUGUGAGGUCAACUUUUCCCAGUGUCGAAUAUCCUGUCUCGGUGUGUGGAGAAACAAUCGCUUUCAGUCAGGGGUAAUUCUCGCAACGCUCACAUGCCCGAUGUCUAAGGAGUUAAUAGCUGUUUUUUAGCAACGUUUGACACGAGUGAUUUGUGUUGCUGUAAAUGAAAACUUAUGCUUGUAAUGGUGAGGACAUUCAUGUAGGAUAUUCCGUGGACCGCCGCAGAGAAUCUUCGGGACUCCCUGGCUCACCUUCUCUCUAUCACAAAUGGCGUAGUGCACUACUUACUGUGAUUCGCAAUACCUCCUUGUGACAUCAUGAAGAAACGUCUAGUUCAAGCCACUGGUCUGGCUAUGCUGGCAAGUGUGGUCACUUUCUGUUUGCUCAACGGAUACCUAAACGAUCACAAAAAUGUCCCGGCGACAAGCCCUCGUCACAUUGGCCGUGUUCACCAAUCGUCCGAGACAACACUAUCAAGACUCACAUUCCAACACCAAGCAUUUAACCAAAGCAACACUGAAGUGGAUUCUGACAUCAUAACAGAACAGAGCACAACCAAACACAGUACCCGACAUCUUCUGCUGACGUUUGAGCCUUAUGGCCGUCUGGGCAACGCCAUGUUCCAGUACGCUGGCCUUUUAGGCAUUGCCAAAAUGAACAACAGGACUCCUUUUGUCCUUCCGGGCUCCGUGCUGACUAGAAAUUUUAAUUUGUCCAACGUGAAGAGUGUUGCUCAUCUUGAAAGAUGGCUACAUUUAGGGGAGCCCAGAUACGCCGCAUAUAACCCAGCUUUUAAAAAUCUUCCUGAAGAAAAUCUGGUUCUUCAGGCGUAUCUUCAAUCGUACAAAUAUUUCUAUAACAUUUCCAGUGAAAUAAAGCGGGAAUUCCACUUCCUGGAUCGCACGGACAAAGCGGCGAGGAAGCUGGUUACGUCAUCAAUGCCUUCUGGGGGUGAUUGGAUUACCGUCGGUGUGCAUGUCCGGAGGGGAGAUAAACUGACUCGGAAGGAGUUGACGCUAGGCGAAGUGAUACCGACUCGGUCCUACUUUCGCAAGGCCAUGGAUUGGAUGAGAGACAAACAUGGUCACGUAGUGUUUCUGGUCGCGACAGACGAUACAGUGUGGACCAAAGCCAACGUUCUGGGUUCUGAUGUUGUCCUUUUGCCUUUGGCUUCUGCAGACGUGCAUAUGGCAGCUCUAUCCAAGUGUAACCACGUCAUAAUGUCUGUGGGAACGUUUGGCUGGUGGGCUGGAUAUUUCUCCGACGGUGACGUCAUCUACUUCAACACCACCAUGAAGACGGGCUCUCCCAAAUCACGAGGCACUGUCGGGCUCACUUUUCAACAAAUGAACUGACAGCUACUGAAGAAAGUUCCUUUUGGCAACUCUGAGGAGUUUAUGAACAACCACGUCAACAAAUAGUUGCAGUAGGGAACUUUACCACGUCUUUGUUUUGAUCUUCUACAUAAAUCCAGCUAGAAAGAGAGCCGUGCGCGAGUUAAUUUGUUAAUGUUGACACGCUGGUUCCAAAUUUGAUAUCAGGUUGACGAUAGAACGUAGUUAUAAAUACAUGUAAAAGUUUAUAAACGAGAUUUUUGGAGGGGCGCAGGUGUUUCGAUACCAUAGUCAAUACCAUCACGACUAGGCAUUCUCUUGGCACAGUUGCUGUUCCCCGGAUGAUUUUUCCCCCUGGUUUUGAAAGGUCAGUCGGUGUUUCCCGGCUCUCCGAAAAUAUUAUGUUGCCUUACUUCCAGAGCAUGCCUUUUUUAUCACCCUCGUUCUUCUUCACUAUCACAAUGGUAUUGUGCUUCUUUCGGGUAAACUAUGUUUCUCUUUUUCUUUACCUAUAACAAAAAGGGAACCACAGAUAAACGUAUUCAAUUUGAUCAGUGGUAAUCCCUAUUCUUUUCAAGAGAACAGGAUGGUGAUUCGUCUGAUGAAUCUCAGACUAAUUUCCACAUGAACUGUAAAUAGAGGUGCAUUUAAAUGUAUAUUACGCCCCCAAUGUUGGCAAUUUUUAAAAUUCCACAACUAAUGUUUAAUUUUCAAUAUCUAGCAUGACUCUAAAACGCCAAACUAAAAUAAGCACUAGUCAUGGACGAAAGUCAUCAAUUCAAUGUCUCUUUUCACACUACAUCAUGUCUGUUGCAAUUUACAUUGUGGCGUCAUUCUGAUUCAAUCACAUCAUUCAAUGAUCAUCACUAUUCUGCAUUUAUUCAUUUUUCAAACUUGUUUUUUAAAUACCUUUGUGCCUAAAAAUUAGAUUAUCAUAAAAAAAAACAUUUUGUGGAUUCACUGCCUCUUUCAAAAUAUAAGAUUUCUGGCGCCCUUUCCUGUAGUGAAUAAAAGGGAAAUUACAAAAGAUGCCCUUUUGCGGAUUUUAAUUUCAUGGGUAAUUUCCCUUGGUUCCUAAACGUAACUUUCUUAUAAUAAUAAUAAUUGCAUUUAUAUAGCGCAUAUCCAUGCUCAAGAGUUUGCUCUAGGCGCUUUACAACUAUUAUUACCCCAGCAGACCCUCUGAGAACACCCAGAAACAUUCUCAGCUUCCGCGGAAGCAUACAGUGCAAGCAAUAACAUAUUCACAUUUUUCAGCCUCAAUUUCUGCGCAAGAGGCAAUGCAAAAGAGGGAGAAGUAUGAAAAUAUAAUAUAUUUUGUUAGAAAUGAGAAUUCAUCAUGAAGGGACCACACUGUAUCUGUGUUUAAGUUACCUUUGUUUUGCGAAUUAACAAUUUUAUAGUGUAAAAUAAAGCACAAACAAAGCAAU